AUGUUACGCCGCUUGCAUUGUCCCGUCGCCCGCGCACCGAUCGCGGUGCGUACCCUCUCCUCUUCCAUUUCUAAUGCUGAGUACGACUAUGUGAUUGUGGGUGGAGGCUCUGCUGGUUGCGUUCUGGCCAGCCGCUUAACAGAAGACCCGAACAACAGUGUGUUGCUUGUCGAGUCGGGCCCAGACGACCGCUUCAAAUGGGAUUCCUGGAAGAUCCACAUGCCAGCUGCCCUAACCUUUAACCUGGGCGACGAUAAGUAUAAUUGGUGCUUUCACACAGAGCCUCAGAAGAAUCUUAAUGGCCGCCGUCUUCCAUGGCCGCGUGGCCGCGUACUCGGGGGCUCCUCGUCUCUAAAUGCUAUGGUCUACAUACGCGGACACGCAUACGACUACGACGAUUGGCAGGCCAGUGGUGCCGAUGGUUGGAGCUACGCUGACUGUCUGCCCUACUUUCGUAAAGCACAACAUCAUGAGCUGGGUCCAGAUGAUUACCGCGGUGGGGAUGGCCCUUUGCACGUCGUCCGCGGCAAUCAGAAGGAUCAGAUUCUUUUCAAAAAGUUUAUUGAUGCAGGUGUGCAGGCAGGAUAUCCCUUUACUGAUGACAUGAAUGGAUUUCAACAAGAGGGCUUUGGCUGGAUGGAUAUGACUAUUUGGAAAGGCCGUCGUUGGAGCACUGCCUCCGCCUAUCUUCGUCCAGCUAUGAAGCGCUCCAAUCUCAAGGUUGUUACAGAUACUUUUGUUAGUAAGGUUGUUUUUGAGGGUAAGAAGGCCGUUGGCAUCAAAGUUGAAGAUCGCGACAAAGACACUAGGCAAGUUCGUGCAGCCAAAGAGAUUAUCCUAUCUGGAGGUGCCAUCAAUUCACCACAGCUCCUCAUGCUGUCUGGUAUUGGAGAUGCUGAUCACCUCAAGGAUGUGGGUGUGUCACUUGUGCAGCACUUGCCAGCAGUUGGUCGAAACAUGGAGGAUCAUCUAGAUAUGUACAUCCAGUACUUGUGCAAAAAACCAAUCACACUGCAUAAUGCAACAUGGAAAUACCCUCACAAUAUGGUUGCGAUCGCUUUAGAAUGGAUCUUUUAUCAAACAGGGAUGGGAGCGUCGUCUCACCUCGAGUCAGGGGGAUUUAUCCGCAGUGCACCUGGUAAGCGUCACCCUGAUCUUCAAUAUCACUUCCUGCCAGGUUCACUUACCGGACAGCUUACUCCCGGAGCAUUUCACGCCAUGCAAGCUCACUGUUCGCCGAUGCGUGCUCAAAGCCGAGGCUGGAUCAAGUUGCGUAGUUUGAACCCACACGACCAUCCGAUAAUCGAACCGAACUAUUUAGAAGUCGAGCAGGAUCUUGUGGACAUGCGAAAUGGUGUAAAGCUCACGCGUGAAAUCUUAGAGCAGCAGACGCUUGACGAGUACCGCGGUGACCCGAUUUCGCCAUCCAUUAAUGUCAAAAGCGAUGCCGAGAUCGAUAAAUGGAUUCGUCAGCACACAGAGAGCGCGUAUCACCCAUCGUGUACCAAUCGAAUGGGUGUGGAUGAAAACACUGUCGUCGAUCCGCAUUUGCGGGUUCAUGGUGUCGAGAACUUGCGUGUUGUUGAUGCAUCCGUCAUGCCAAACAUUGUUAGUGGCAACCUAAAUGCACCAACAAUUAUGAUUGCUGAAAAAGCUGCCGACAUCAUUCUUGGCAAGACGCCGCUGUCAAAGUCUGCUGCGCCAAUUUACCAGCCGAAAAACUGGGAAUCAAGCCAGAGAUGA